GAGCAGCCCGUCUGCUGGGGAGAGACAGAGGAAAAGUUAGUCAAGAUGGCAAACCUCACAGACCCGGAGUGAAGGGGCACCGCUCCCCGAAAAAAGCUGAGCCUGUCGCCCCCAACAAUGCGAACUGCUGCAGGAGGCUUAAGAGGGAUUCCCUGAAGAAAAAUGCCAGCGAGGCUGAAGCUGAUGUGACACAGCUUGUGCUGGAAGAAAGCUGACUCAUCAAAUAUCAAUCCCUCUGGGAGCUACUAAGCAGCAGUGCAGCUCAUAUCUCCUAAUGCCUAGCUAGAAGAGAUCUUCACACACAUACUCCCCUACCACCAGCGGAGAUUAUCAGAGAGGAGAAGACGUUGCAGAAACCCCCUCCAGCAGGAAUAUAUCCAACACCGGUUGAAACAUAUUUGAGCACCAGAAAGCAUAACAGUGACUGCUGUCCUAGCCGCCAACAAAGCUUUAGUAUGGCAUCACAGUGCUUCAGCUGAACUGACUCCCUGUGUAUAGAAACAUCAAGAAUCAGCUGAUAAGACUGCCAUCAUUCUACGUCACUGUUACUACAAAACAUCAGUGUAAAGUUUGGGUAAGGUCGUUCCUCCUAACCACCAAAGUCAUCCGGCCUUUUCCCCGCCCGGCAGACCAUGAUGUUUCGCGAUCAGGUGGGCGUGCUAGCCAGCUGGUUCAAAGGGUGGAAUGAGUGCGAGCAGACAGUGGCUCUGCUGUCCCUGCUGAAGAGGGUGAGCCGGACCCAGGCCCGCUUCCUGCAGCUCUGUCUGGAGCACUCCCUCGCCGAGUGCACUGAACUGCAGGUCCUGGAGGCAGAGGCCAACAACCCAGGCGUGAUUAGCCAAUGGCAAGGAGAGUCUAAGGAGCGUGUCAUCUCGCUCGUCCUCACCCACCUCCCGCUGCUCAAACCAGGCAACGUCGAAGCCAAGGGCGAGUACAUGCGCCUGCUGCCACGCAUCCUGGCCCACACCAUCGAGCAUGGCCGCCACCUGGAGGAGUCCCGCCAGCUCCUGUCCUACGCCCUCAUCCACCCCGCCACCUCCCUGGAGGACCGCUCAGCCCUGGCACUGUGGCUCAACCACCUGGAGGAGAGGGCCGCUGCCCGGGGAGACUCACUGGAAAGGCCUCCACCUUCGGGACCACACCACCACCACCACCAGUCCACGCCUCCAUCCACCCUCUCAUCAACAGGAUCUUCCUCCUCCACCAACACCUCUUCAUCAGGCAACCUCUACUCCUUGCAUCACCACCAGCGCUACGGCUCGGACGACCGCCUCAACGGCUGGCAGAGCUCCAGGGAUUCAGGGCUGGGCGGAGGCUGGCAUCAGCAGCAGCAGGGCUGUGAGAACGGGCACCUCCUUCUCUACCCAUCAUCCUCUGUGCCCACAACCAUCAACACAGUUGGAACUGGUGGAGGCGGUACCACUGAUGUUCCUGCGUGGCUGAAGAGUCUCCGUCUCCAUAAGUACGCCGCUCUCUUCUCCACGAUGACCUACGAUGAGAUGAUGUCACUGACCGAAGAGCAACUUGAGGCACAGAAGGUCACUAAAGGAGCAAGGCACAAGAUUGUUAUCAGCAUUCUGAAGCUCAAAGACAGACAGAAUCUACUUCGCAGCUUGGAAAAGGAUGUGUUGGAGGGCAGUAAUCUGCGCUCGCCCCUACAGGAGCUCCAUCAGAUGAUCAUGACGCCUAUCAAGGCUUUCAAUGGUGGCGAGGAGGCCUCUAUGCAGCGGGCCCUGCUGAGCCCCGAAAGCAAGAGCGCAGCGCCGGGCUCCCACCUGACGGGGGUCGGGGGAGGCGGAGGGGAGGCUGAGUCGAGCACAAGCGUCAUCGCUGAGGGAGAUCUACCCGGCCAGUUCACCCGUGUCAUGGGCAAAGUUUGUACCCAACUACUGGUGUCGAGGUCAGACGAGGACAACAUCAGCUCCUACCUACAACUCAUCGACAAGUGCCUUAUACAUGAGUCCUUCACUGAGACGCAGAAGAAGAGGCUGUUGUCAUGGAAACAACAGGUCCAGAGGCUCUUCCGGUCCAUUCCAAGGAAAACUCUCCUCGGACAAUCGCAGGGGUACCGAACGCAGAGGAGUAAAGAAAGCCGGUUCGGCCAGUCUAACUCUCUCCCCAACGCUGGCGUGUUUGGGGGCAAGCGUGUCGGGCUCCGGAGGAGGCCUCCUCAGUUCCAGAUGCCCUCCAGGAGCUUGCCGGGUGCCAGGCUGGGCCUGCUGGGCAGCAGUGGGCUGCUGGGACCCACACCCCGCAGCUCCAGCAGCACACCCACCGGUCCCAAGCAGGGCAGACAGGGUCUGUGGUUCGAACCCGGGGGAAGCAACAGCAUGCCGAGCCGGACCCACAGCUCCGUGCAGAGGACACGCUCGCUGCCCGUUCACACCUCCCCACAAACCAUGGUCAUGUUCCAACAAUCCGAUCUUCAGCUUCCAGUGACAGAGCCAGACAUCAACAAUCGCCUUGAGUCUCUGUGUCUGAGCAUGACAGAGCACGCCUUGGGAGACGGUGCUGAUCGCACAUCAACGAUAUGAAGCGGAGACCUGAGCGAGAGCAGUGGGACGGCGCGGGUUCACGAGGCUCUCUCACUAUGAGUCACCUCGAGGCCACCAGCCCUCCUGUCCCCUCUGCUUGUAGCCAACGGUAGAGCUCAACCAAAGGAUCGGGGCGGGAUCCAAGACCCCCCAGAGAGCGCCAUCAUCAAACGGCUAACGCUAUCACAUUGGCACCGUCCAUCGGGGCGGAAAAAAAAACACUUCCUGCUCCGCCAGCAUCUGGGUGAGGAGAGAGGACAAGCCUUGAACACGGCCUGGACAGUGUGUGAACAGCGCCCACCCCCUGACCCUGACCCCCACCCUCCGGCAGGCCAGAAGCAGUACUGCAGGCCAGCAGAAGGGAGACGCUGGCCUGCGGAUCGGGGCCCGGUAACACUGAGGCCCCUUCCCUCUCCGACACCCUCGGACCCCGCUUCCCCCCCCCCCCCCCCCAGCACAUCAUUGACCACAGCUCGUGGCAUUCUUCAAAUCCAUUACAGUACCUCAGAGCCAAAAACAAGACGAGCUAAGAGGAAGUUUGGGAUUUCCUUGACUGUAUUCGUCCUGCAAGGAUGUUUGUAGAGCUCGGGAAGGUCCUCUUGCUCAGUAUUUGGGGGGGGGGGGGGGCAAAACAAAAUCAUUUAUUUGUAUUGUAUUUAUUGUUUACAUAAUGAUGCUACUUUCAAAGGGUACAAAAACAUGUAUGAAUUUCAGGUAUGAAUCGUGACAUUUUCUGUAAAGCCUUGGCUGUCUACCAGCUUUACGUCCCGAGUAGCCAUCACGCUAGUUUACAACCAACGUGCUUAUUCUUUAUUUUAGCAGCCAAGACAUGUCGGCUUGAACAAGAGAGAGACCGAGAGAGGAGGGAGAGAAAGAGGCAGGUGUGUGGAGAUGAGAGGUAGGAGACAGACACAGGAAGUAGUAGAAGAGAGAGUGGAGCUGAGGUGAAACUGGAAAGGGAAGCGGAUGUUUAAAGGAGGACGGCGUCAGAGGCGGGACCUCUGAUCAGCCGAAGACGACCGAGGAAGGUGACGCCAUGUCUAAUCAUGUUGUUCACGUGAGCGAGUGUCGGAGGAAGUGAGUUUGGCAGCGAUCAGUUACACAUUGUUUAUCCACAGCCUGUACUGUAUGAACUCUUUUGAAUUCAGAGCCUUUGUAGGCAACAGUACAUUGAAAAUGUAGAGUUUUUUUUUAUAAAUGGGAGAUUGAUAUUGUCAGUGGGAUCUGGCUGCAUGUUCAGAUACUGGGUUUAGUUUGUUUUUUUAAAGCAGGGUGAUAUGCUUAAGCUGCAUGUUACAACUAAAUAUCUUUUUUGGGGGGUACAGGAAGAUUGUGAAAUGUGGAGAAGACGACAGAGAAAACAAGAGUGCUAUUUGGUUUCCACUCAGACCAUGUUGCAACAUGGCAGAAAUCACACACUGUCAAUCCAUGAAGGGUAGCUUUCCCAGAGAUUGUCUCAUUAGUGCUUACCUCCACCUGCUGGCCGACCGCAGUCAGAGCGGCGCAGACGCCUGUGAACACGCAGGCAGAUUAUACACCGAUCAUUGAUGAGCGUUAUAAUUAGGAAAUGUUAAUGCUGCAGGAAAUCCUCACAGAUGGCUGUGUCACAUGGUCUUCUGUCUGCUCCGGGCCGCGACAGCAUUUAUUUUCUUUCUUUUUGAAAUACUGACUCUUCUGGUUAUUCUGUGUCUUAAUAUUUAUCCUCCGUUUAUUGUGUCUGAUAGACAGACUUCAUAAGAGCAGAUUGAUGGAAAAUAAGCUGGUAUGAAAACUCUCCAACUAAACGGUCACCAUCCAGGGUCAUUGAUUAUUAUUGUUUAGUGUCCUUAGUUUGUUGCAAUUCUAUAAUACUUCCUUUGUAUCCUGCACUUGAUAAUGUGAUCCAGAGUCGGAUCACGUGGAGCAGAUUGGAGGCAGAAGUGGAGCGGUAGAACCACAACAGGUGGCCAUUAUCCCGCCGCUUUGAUUCUUUGAGUCUGACGGUGGAUCUGGAGCUGAAGAUGCUUUGUCUUCUCAUGUCGCUCAUCGCUAGAGGACCAUGCCAGGGUUUGUGCAUGUUAUGCUCAUUAACAAACCUUUUAAAACACUCUGUGUUACUAUAAACUAUACUUAUGUUAUGUGUUUCCAACCUUCAAGGUUGCACAGGAAAGAAAAUCAUAAUGGAAAUAAAAAAACACUACAGUACAAUACAUUCAGUGUGUGUCUAAAGAGCUAAAACAUGCAGAAAGACUGAUGGUGCCUGAGAGUGGAUCAGCGGCUUGAAGCUGCAGUCUGGAUCAGCGCGCACACACACACACACACACACACCACAGGACAGUGUAUGUGUGUUAGUGGCAACAGUGCACUGCCUCAGUCGUGUGUGUUUUCUGCACCUUGAGUCUGUAGCCAAUCAGAAGUGGUCUGUACGUUUGAAGAUGAAGAUUCCACCAAAGCAUGAACUGAUGUCACACCUUUCUGUCUGACGCUCUUCGCUGAGAAGCAUCGGAGCCUGUUCCGAUGUCACUGCCAUAUGAAUCAGUACUUAAAGUAGAUACAAUUAUUUAUUCUUUUUUUCAUAAUUUUUGCAGAGGUGAUACUUUUACUCAUUUAGGUGUAUUAUUAUUUAAAGUACCAUAUGUAUUAACAUGUUAUGGCUGGUGACCAUACGUACAUCUCAAAUAUUAACAUAGUUAUUGUUGACUUUGACUGUUAACUUUUCUUUCUCGUCGUCGUUGCUGUUAAACUAUAAUCUUGUUUGUAUCUAUCAGUGUCAUGUUGAGAUUUGUUUUCAUGUGAACUCGGAGCGUGAUGCGUGUUCAGUUACCAAAUUCACUUCAGAGGAACCAGAACCAGCGGGGGUGUUGUUGUAGGCUUUGGCAUGCCAGGAAGUAGACUGGCCCAUUGUGGUCCUGAGGUGAACAAUCUAGGUUGAAAUGUGUUACUUUAAAGAACGAGACAUUAUUCGACAUAUCUUAAUGUCAACAAAUCCUAUGAAAAGACCCAAUUCUAAAGAUGUAGACUUUCAAAAACUUGGAGGAAACGGUGCAUUUGUUGGGGACUAUUUCCAGCAGCGGAUGAAUCUAUAUUUGGUGCUACUGUAUGGAUGGUUUGAGGCAGCAGGACAUUGUAUGAUGGAUUGACUGAAAUGAACUACAGUGGUUUUGCAUUGUAAGGAAGGAACAUGUCAACCAGCGCAACAGUGAGGCUUAUCCAUCUGUGUUUGAUAAGAGUGUUAUAGCAGAGACGUUAUAUCAGGAGUUGAUGCACAGUGUUGGUUUUGGUCUUUUCAUAGGAUUUGUUUAUGUUAAAAAUAGUAGAGAACAUCACCAGACCUGUCCUUUACACAUCAUGUGUUAAAGAUCAACCAACCUGCAGUCUGUAAUGUCAUCAAAGGGAUUAUUGAAACUAUCGUACACUUGCAGUAUUUUAAUUUACUUCACCUUGCCAUGUUUGAGUUAUAAAGGUGUUGAAACUAAGUUUUUAGUUUAGCAUAAAAACACUACUUGUUGUCUGACUGACAGCAUUCAUAACCUGAGUUGAUGGGAUGUUUGUAUGCGUGCAGAGUAACAUAGUAACGUUACAUGUUGUGUAUUUGCAGUCACAGAGCGUCUGUGUGACGGGACAGUGGAGAGUUACAGCUCUGAGGGUCAUUACACACAUCUCUUCCAACCAAAUGCUUUAUUUGUUCUAAUGCGUAUCAGCUCUGCUCACUGCAGUAUUAACCGUUAGAUAUCGCCUUGAUAUUCCAAAAAAAACAUUUAAUGUACUUUAAGUUGAGACAUAUAUGCUGUUUUGUAUCUUUUACUUUUUGUCAUAGGUUCUGCAGUUUUAAUAUGUUGAUAUGGGAUGCCAAGAUGUCUCUUUUUCCCUGUGUGUGCAGCAGCAUCCAUUCUGUAACUAGGUUACCGCUUGACUGCUGCUUUAUUUCAUUUCGUUUUAUUUUAUCAAAGAGCCGAUGUCCUGUAUUGACUGCAGGCUUACAUAUAUAUUUGACAAAAGAAUAUUGUAUGUUUAAUAAUAAAAAAACUCAAAAAGACAAAAAAGUGCAGAAAAAAAGAAAUGGAGAAAAUUGAAAGAAAGAAAUGUGUAAUUUAUAUUUCCAAAGUGCAUGCACGAGGCGGGAAGGUCAUAUUUAGAAUAACAAACGGCAGUGCCUUUUUUUGUACUCGAGACAUUCACCCCAAAUGUAAAUGGUUUUAUAUAGACUUUAAAAGCUGUUGUGUUACAGGAUGAAACGGCUGUGUCGGGCCACACUCACACUGCAGCUGCACGUCCCCAUUCAGACCCCCCCCCCCCCCCCCCCCCCCCCCCCCCCCCCAGUGUUAUGUAGAUAAAGAACAGAUGAAAGUGUUAACUCAUCCAAGGAUUGUCUGUAAACCUGAUCUACAUGAACAUACUGAACAAAUGAAAGAGAGUUCAUUUAGAUUUGAGGAGACAACUUAUAAUAAGAUGACUAUUUUCUUAAUUAAUUUGUCAUUCAGACUCAAAUAUUUCCUCCAUUAGUGUUCAUGUGACAGUACAUCAAUGUGGCAGCAAUACUGACCAUAUCAAGCAGAACCUGAAACCAUGAACACUGACUUAUACUCUCUUAUUAUACUCAAUUGUAUUUAGAUUCGCUUGGUCCUUACACGUAGACCAAUCAUCUAAAUGAAUCCUCUGAGGACACGAGUUGAGGAUCUGGAGAGAAUAUGAUCAAGUUUCAUCAAAAUCCAAAUUGAGCUAAACUCAAUAAGUGAUGUCCAGUUUACUGCACUUGGUUGAAAAUAAGUAUUGUGAACUCUAGGCCACAUUUAAAGCAUCUUCAUGUUUGAUGUUUGCUGCUCUCAAAAGCUAAAUGUGAUCAAACACAAAGUUGAUCUGAAUGUAGCGUGGGGGGUGCAGUGUGAGCGAGGCCCGGGCGGUGAUCUGGGUCUGUUGUUUUCUGUCCGCUGUAGGUACUUAAUGCUGAUAUAAAGUUAUGAAUUGCUCUGGUCUGUACAAACAUGUGUGAAUGAGUGUGAGUGAAAACAUUCAAGUGUUAUUAAUGUGUCUUGCUGUAUCUGUGUGGCGACGUACCAGAAUGCUGUGACUUGGCAUGCCCCCGUUAUACAUAAAGAACAGUUGUAACUCCU